AUGGCGCGCGAGGGCGACGCGACGGCGACGAGAACGAAAACGAAAACGCCGCUCGUGAAUCCCUUCCUCGGCGGCCUCGCCGCGAGCGCGUUCUCGGCGUCGUUCGCGGAGUUUUGCACGAUUCCUCUCGACACGGUCAAGGUGCGACUGCAGCUGCGAGGCGCGAGCGCGACGGCGACGGCGACGACGCGCGGCCGGGGCGCUGGGAUGCUCGGAACGAUGCGCGCGGUGGCGGCGGAGGAGGGGAUCGGGGCGCUGUGGAAAGGAAUCACCCCGGGGAUCCAUCGCCAGGUGCUGUUCGGCGGCUUGCGCAUCGGGUUGUACGAACCCGUGAAGACGUUUUACGUCGGCGAGGAACACGUGGGGGACGUGCCCUUGCACCUGAAAAUCGCGGCGGGGCUCACGACGGGUGGGAUUGGGAUAAUGGUGGCGUCGCCGACGGAUUUGGUCAAGGUUCGCAUGCAAGCGGAGGGAAAACUCGCGCCGGGGACGCCGAAAAAGUAUCCAAGCGCAGUCGGGGCGUACGGCGUCAUCGUCAGGCAAGAGGGCCUCGCCGCGCUGUGGACGGGAUUGACGCCCAACAUCAUGCGUAACUCGAUUGUUAAUGCCGCCGAGCUCGCGUCGUACGAUCAGUUCAAGCAAAGUUUCUUGGGCGUGGGGAUGAAGGACGACGUCGUCACGCACAUCGCCUCGGCGUUGGGCGCGGGAUUCGUCGCGUGCUGCGUCGGGAGCCCGGUGGACGUGGUUAAAUCGCGAGUGAUGGGAGAUAGCACGGGUAAGUACAAAGGUUUCGUCGAUUGCGUCACGAAGACGCUCGCAAACGAGGGUCCGAUGGCGUUCUACGGUGGGUUCUUACCCAACUUUGCCAGACUCGGGGGCUGGAACGUGUGCAUGUUUCUGACGCUCGAGCAAGUGCGCAAAUUGAUGCGCGACAACAACAUCAUGUGA